GUGCAAUGUAAACGCUCGUGAGCUUCCUUUUCAGGACGGGACGGAAGAGUAACGAUGCAGAACACCGGUCCUCUCUUCGCUUUAUCUCAUCUUGGAGAGAAUCUUAGUCGAAACAAAGAGCUGAAGAAAAAAAUGUUGCAGUGUUGCGGCUAUUGCUGCGCAGCUGCAGGAUUUAUGGUCAGUGCAACCCUGGUGACCUGGCUCUUCUACGGCAUUCGGGCUCGUGAAACCCCGGUCUCCCCGACGCGUGCUCCGUUCUGCUGCCCAAACCACGUCCGGCGACUUUCUGACUUUGCAAACCGUUCAAUGAAGCCUUGCGAGGACUUCUACCUCUACACCUGUUUUGCCUUUAGGGAAAACAGCACCGAAGCGUUUUUGCUGAGGCAGCAGAACAACGAUAUCGUACGCCAGAUCCUUCAUGGGGAUCAUCAGGACCAUGCGAGUCAAGCCCUGAUUCGCAUAAUGGACGGUUGUGUGGCCACUGUGACGGGCACAACGGAUGAAGUUGUCGUUGCAUCUUUGCGCCUAGCAACAAAGAUACUCAGCAUAUCAGUCAGCUCUUCUCCAGCUACCGUUCUCGAAGCGAUCCUGGAGACAUCUUCGCAUUAUCAGCUAUGGCCAAUUUUAAAGAUUUACUACAUACUACAAAGCAAAUCAUCGGCUGCGCUCCUGCUUGAAAACCGCAAAGACUCCCACUACAAGUCGUAUAACGCAAUUUCGUCACAACAAUGGAGAAGGGCACUUCAAAUCGUCAAUUCCCACUACAACACCAACGUGUCGAGGUUGGAUAUUACAGCAUUUUAUCACGAUAUAACGACAGCGACACCCCCUCAAUCAGCUCAGCAGCAAGUGAUCGAGGCAGACGACGACAUUUCUGUAUACUAUGGACCCUCAGUCGAGGACAAAGUCAAGAAUAGGCUGCCAACAACGCUCGAUAUACCAAAACUGUUUCCAGAGGUAGGAGCACAGGUGUGGAAAGAAGCCCUAUCAGCCCUAGGCUACUGGAGCCAUUCAAUCACUGUGUACGCCACCGACCGUGGAAGGAUUGGCUAUGCCUUACGUCUCCUUACUUCCCCAGGUCAGCGAGCCCAAGCGCUCGCUUAUUAUACUACUCUUCUGGCGGCAACAAUUGCUCCAAACAUGUGGGCAGUCGUGCAAGAGAAGAACCUCAACUACAAGAACACGUAUUGUAGCUUAUAUAUCCAGACCUUGAACGUUUUGUGGGAAAUGGCAUUUGCGCACGUAUUAACGGAUCCCCAGAAAGACGAAGUUGUACGAGCACUCUUCUACUCAGUUGUGCGCGUGAUAGAAGAUUCAGCUUCGAGCAUUGUCCACAAGGACGAUGUCCCAAAGUUCUUGUCCCUCGUUCGAAGCGUCACGCUGCAAGUUCCAUCCGACCGCAUGUCACCGGACCUCAAAAUUAUGACGACACCAACGACUUUUUGGGGAAACAUUCUCUCGGUGAGGCGUUUCAAGGCGACCUACUACCAGUUCCUGGCGAAAGCUGGGUACAAUAACUACUACCCGAAAGAUAAAACGACUUCUCCUAGCCCGGAAACAAGGGUACUGAUGAAAAAGACCUGCAUGUACGUACCUCCGCUAAUAUACAAUUAUCUGCUCUUCGAGAAUGGCACAGAUCCGCUGAUCAACGCUGCAACAGUAGGGGUUCAAAUGUCGAACCAUAUUUGGGAUUUAGUCUUCAGCUAUCGAAACUGGAGCAUCGCCACGCAACGGCGCCUUGACGGGCACAUCCAAUGCAUCAAACGAAAUUUCGCAAAUGCGGUGCCGUCCUUGGCGUACCCACGCCUCAGUAUUAUGACAGCAGUACAAGUAUCCGUGUUCCCGCGAAACGACUGGAACACUCCGAUACAGGGUUGGAGCAUGUGGAAGAUCCCUCGGAGCCAGGUAUUCUACAUGACAUACUUUGUUCGUAACGUCUGCAUGAAUGAUACAUAUAAGCCUUCGUCAAACACAACAAAGUUAAUGACUUCGUUUCGAGAUUUCAAAUAUACUUUCGAGUGCAUUAACCGGACGGAGAUUUCAGGCUGUCUGUUCGAUGACAUGAAGGUUUCACGACGAUGAUUGACAUCUGCAUUAGUGACUAUUGUACACUGAGGAACUGUGCGACUUUAUUAUUCCGUCCCACGUGAAUCUUGUGAAA